AUGGGUAAUGCUGGACAUCGGGCACAGAAGGCAGUACUGAUUGGCUCUUUAAUUCUACUUCUUAUUGCUUUGGGUACUUCCAUCAUUGCCGUUCUUUCGCCUUCAUGGCAAGUCGUUGAUAUACGCGAAUUCCGUGCACAACACCAUCACGGUUUAUGGCAAGACUGUACUCGUCCACGUUAUCAUUCACAUGGAAUAAGUAAUGAAGAGCAUCAGGAAAUGCAACAUACUUCUCUCCUCUGCACGUAUAAAUUUGAUCAGAAUGCUCGAGAGAUUAUUGAUGAGAAUUUGCUGGAUAUAAAUCAGAACAGUGCUGCUGGUGAAGCCGAACAUCAUCAGUUCUUUGGUUGGCAAAAGGCUGUGUUAAUAUGUUUCGUUGUGGUCUUUGCAAUCAGUGGACUGGCGCUUUUGUGUGGCAUUUGUGCUCCGUGUAGUAAUCCUAUUGCCGUUUUCUUCACUGUUCUCAUCUUUAUCGCAUUAUUUUUUUCGAUUGUUGCAAAUACGAUAUUUUUCUUUGCUGCACAUCGAGUUGAUAGUCGAUUUGUACAUGGACUUGUGGGCACUUACGAGCAAGAAAUUGGUUCUGCUUUCUAUUUAUCGUUAGCAUCGACAUCUUUGCUGUUAUUUUCAUUCCUCCUAGCGUUGGUAUCAACGUACUAUUUAAUUCAAGAUACAAACAAACCACAUGAUGCAUUAAUUUCACCAGUGAUGCGCGAAUUAGUACCAUUAUAUCACUCUACCAGGCAUACUGCCAUUUAA